UUUUAUAGGGAGGUUUGUCUGCUCAGACUCAGAGAGAGACCCGAGCAGGGAUAGAGUUUUCAGUCUGUUCAGUCACGGUGAUUUGUUAAACAACUUCUGUUCUUUUCUCUGUAAAAGAAAAGUGAAAUUAAGAAGCCAACCGAAACCCACAAAAUUAAAGAAACAACGAAUUCCCAACCUUGUUUAUCCUAAAAAGCUUUGAUCUGACGGAUCCAUAGAUCUAACGCGUUCAACCCACAUGUAUUGCUCUGUUGCCUUUAGAUCUCCAUCCUUUUCAUUCGGUUUUUGAUUCAGUAGCUGACCAGAAACUGUGCUGAUUGGCCUAAUUAUACUAGGACGGGAAGGGCGGAUGUUCUUGGUUUGAAGUGCUGAUUGCAUUCAUUGUGGAUUUGAGGGACCGGAUGCUGACCCCGGUGAGAUGAGGGAUGUUAUCAAAGUUGAUGAACUUCUUGAGGGCCUGUUGGUGGCUGUCCCCGGAACGUUACUUCCACAAGGGGUCAGAUGCAACAGGCCGGCAAGACGGACUCCUAUGGUACAAAGACAGUGGGCGACACUUGACUGGUGAAUUCUCCAUGGCUGUUGUUCAAGCCAACAACUUACUUGAGGAUCAGAGCCAGAUUGAAUCUGGUCUCUUGAGCUCUAAUGAGUCCAGCCCCUAUGGCACCUUUGUUGGGAUAUAUGAUGGUCAUGGGGGUCCAGAGACCUCGCGUUACAUUAAUGAACACCUUUUUCAGCACCUGAGUAGGUUCACGUGUGAGCAACAAUCCAUGUCUGUAGAUGUGAUACGGAAGGCUUAUCAAGCAACAGAGGAAGGGUUUCUUUCUGUAGUUACCAGACAGUGGCCUGUGAAGCCCCAGAUUGCUGCUGUUGGUUCUUGUUGCCUGACCGGUGUGAUAUGUGGUAGGACACUUUACGUAGCAAACCUUGGAGAUUCCCGUGCUGUGCUUGGAAGGCUUGUCAAGGAAACAGGGGAAGUACUUGCAAGCCAGCUCUCAUCUGAGCAUAAUGCCUGCGAAGAGUCUGUUAGACAAGAGAUGCGUUCUUUGCAUCCUGAUGACUCACACAUUGUUGUUUUAAAGAAUAAUGUAUGGAGGGUAAAGGGCAAGAUACAGGUUUCUAGAUCCAUUGGAGAUGUGUAUUUGAAGAAGCCUGAGUUUAAUAGGGAGCCCUUGUAUGUGAAGUUCCGUCUUCGUGAACCUUUCAGAAGGCCGAUUUUAAGUUCGGAACCUUCAAUAUCUGUGCAUGAACUCCAACCUCAGGAUCAGUUUGUCAUAUUUGCUUCUGAUGGGCUGUGGGAGCACUUUAACAAUCAAGAAGCAGUUGAUAUAGUCCAAAAUAAUCCACGCAGCGGCAUUGCUCGGAGGAUUGUGAAGCUUGCCUUGCAGGAAGCUGCAAAGAAAAGGGAAAUGAGAUACUCUGAUCUGAAAAAGAUUGACCGAGGUGUUCGCCGGCAUUUCCAUGACGACAUCACAGUCAUUAUUGUAUUUCUGGACUCAAAACUAAUUAGCAGAGCCAGCUCCCUCAAAGGACCUUCUGUAUCUGUCAAAGGGGGUGGCAUUAGCCUACCUGCCAAAACCCUAGCCCCCUGUGCCACUCCCAUGGAACUCAACAUCAACUAAUUAAGCAUGCUCCCUCUACUGUUGUCCCUAGAUGCAGAAACCCGUCUUGUUCUUUCAUGACCCGGUAUAAAGGAAGACGAAGAAGGGGUAUUUUGUUUCACUUUCUAUGUGCAAUGUAGGUCAUUAUCAUGGGAUGUGUAUUUUAUUUAGUUAUGGAGCUCUUAAUGCCAAAAAGUGAAGGGAGAGAAUCAGAAGAAUCGAGCUGCAGAGAAGACCCACCAAAGAUUUUUUCUUUUCUUUUUUUUUUGGUAAAUUAUGUUAAGCAAAACAUCCCUUAAGAUCAAAGUUUCUUUCAUCUUUUCCAGAGUUCCAGUCCUGGAAAGUGAGUUUCUCCAUUGGUUUGUUCCGACUCAAGUGCUUGAUACUUUGUUAAUUGACAGGUUAUCUUUGAACCA